UCCCAAAUGCGCUUCGAGUUAUCAAUGCGCGGGAGCACGAAGUUCUCCAGACUGAUGCUGAGCAGUUUCGGAACCAGUGGUUUCACCUCCAGCCUCGGAUUCUCAAGAACAAGACCAUGCUGCACCAUGGCGGAAGAUCGGAAGCUCGGAGGCUUCUUGGAUUUCAUGGAGAAGCUCAGGAAUUACGAGAAAUCUGGUGUGCCGAAAGGUGCCGGAACAGACUCCGAUGAUGGGUUCGAUCUUGGUCGGAUGCGGCGGCUCCUGCAGCGGCUCGGCAAUCCGCACUCCAAUUUCAAGGCUGUUCAUAUUGCCGGCACCAAGGGCAAAGGAUCAACUUCUGCAUUUUUGUCCAAUAUUUUGAGAAUAGAAGGGUAUUCUGUUGGCUGCUAUACUAGCCCACAUCUACUGACAAUUCGUGAACGCAUUUCUGUUGGAAGAAAUGGAGGCCCUGUUUCUGCUGAUGCGUUAAAUACUCUUUUCAGUAAUGUGAAGGUAGUCAUAGAUGAGUCUAUUGACCAGGAAAAUGGAGCUCUAACACAUUUUGAGGUUUUCACUGCCCUGGCCUUUUGCCUAUUCUCUCAAGAGAAGGUUGAUAUUGCCAUUGUUGAAGCAGGACUUGGAGGAGCAAGGGAUGCAACAAAUGUUCUAUGCAGUAAUGGGCUAGCUGCAUCAGUCAUAACUACUAUAGGCGAGGAACAUAUGGCCGCUCUGGGUGGUUCCCUAGAAAGCAUUGCAAUCGCAAAGUCAGGGAUCAUCAAACAUGGAUGUCCAGUUGUGAUUGGUGGUCCCUUCGUGCCACACAUUGAACACAUAAUUCGUGAUAAGGCAUUGCCAAUGAGUUCUCCAGUCAUAUCGGCAUGUGAUCCUGGAAUCCAGCAUGUUGUGAAUUGCCUUGGAAGAAAAGAUGAAAAACCUUUCCAAAUUUGUGACCUGCUUAUUGAUGUUCAGAAAGAUAUGAGAUUGUUUAUUCAUCUGCCUAGUUUGAAACUUGGUAUGCUUGGAGAUCAUCAGCUUCAGAAUGCUGUUACAGCUACUUGUACAGCACUCUGUCUUCGUAAUCAAGACUUGGCUGUUCGAGCUGGUUUAGAGUCUACACAGUUGCCUGGAAGGAGCCAAUUUCUGACUACCAAAGAAGCUGAGGCUCUCCAGUUAUCUAAAACGUCAGUUCUAAUUGAUGGAGCCCAUACUGAAGCAUCUGCUAGAGGCUUGGCAGACAUAAUUAGAACAGUGCAUCCAUAUGGACCACUUGUUCUUGUGGUGGCAAUGGCAAGCGACAAAGAUCAUGCAGCUUUUGCAACCCAACUUCUUUCAGGUCGACAGCCAGACGUCGUCUUGUUGACAGAGGUCAAUAUUGCCGGAGGCAGAUCCCGCAUGACUCCAGCUACAGACUUAAAAGCUUCUUGGACAAGUGCCGCAACUUACCACAGAGCAGGAUCCCAAUCUGGGCUCAUUGUGGUUACUGGCUCCCUGCACAUAGUUUCAUCAAUUUUGGCUGCCCUGAACGUUAUUAGUUUGAGAUUCCAUUCUCUACUUCAGAGAACAUGCUUCCCAGUAAUUAGGUUUAAACUUGGAUUUGAAUGUCAAUUUUAUAGUAAACAUGAUGAAGCUGUUCUGGCAAAGCAGAACUUUGAGUUACUGAAACUGAAAGAAAGUAUACAUGAUGAGCUAUAUUUUCUUUUUCACAGUUACUGUUCCACCAUUUGA